AUGCGUGCCUGGCGCACUCCGCCGUGCUUGACAAGUCUGCGCCACAGUGAUCUCCAGAAGAGGCAGAACAGCGCGUCGGCAAAUACAAACUACUUCAUCAAGGAGGCAUUGAAGGAAUUGGAGUACCCCCAGAAGCUGCAGAGGCUACUGCUGACGCCCCAGAGGGAGGUGCUAGUGGAGCUCGUCAUCACCAAGGACAACGGCGAGAUCGAGACCUUCAAUGCCUACCGAGUGCAGCAUGAUGACAGCCGUGGGCCCUACAAGGGCGGCCUCAGAUACCACCCCAAAGUGGAUCUGGAUGAUGUGCGCAGUUUGGCAUCCUUGAUGACGUGGAAGACAGCUGUCAUGGACAUCCCCUUCGGCGGGGCCAAGGGCGGCAUCUCUGUCGACCCCAAGCUCCUGUCAGAGCGCGAGCUUGAGAAGCUUACCAGGAAGCUAGUCCAGGCAAUCAAGGACACCAUCGGUCCCCAGGUGGACAUCCCUGCACCAGAUGUGGGCUCCAAUGCCAGCGUCAUGGCUUGGUUCUUUGAUGAGUACUCCAAGUUCAGCGGGUUCUCUCCAGGCGUUGUCACCGGCAAGCCAGUGCACCUGCACGGCAGCUACGGCAGGGAAGCUGCCACUGGGCGGGGCACAGUCUUUGCCACGCGCGAGAUGCUGAAGGCCACAGGCGCCGGGUCAAUUACCGACAAGAAAUUUGUCAUCCAGGGAUUUGGCAACGUGGGCUCCUGGGCUGCGGAAAUCUUUGAGGAGCAUGGCGGCAAGGUGAUUGCGGUAUCGGACGCUUUUGGCGCGGUCUACAAUGAGAAUGGGCUGGACAUCAAGGCCCUGCGUCGCCACAUUGCUGACGGCGACCUGCUCAGCGCCUUUUCAGAAGGGGAGGCGAUCGACAAGGACACGAUCCUGAGCAUCCCUUGCGACGUGCUUGUGCCUGCGGCCAUCGAGGGCGUUAUCAAUGCCGACACGGCUGGGCAGGUGGACGCCAAGUACGUGGUGGAAGCUGCCAAUGGCCCCACCACUCCGGAGGGCGACAAGAUCUUGCGCGAGCGCGGCAUUGUUGUGCUGCCAGACAUCUACACCAACGGAGGCGGCGUGACAGUGAGCUUCUUUGAGUGGGUCCAGAACCUGCAGAACUUCCGCUGGGAGGAGGAGGAGGUCAACAAACGGCUUGACCUGAAGAUGACAGAGGCCUUUGCGCAGAUCUGGGAGAUCAGCCGCCAGAAGAAGCUGCCCCUCAGGACGGCCGCCUUUGUUAAAGCGCUCCAAAGCGUCACCCGCGCCCACUUACACAGGGGAUUUGAUUAG